AAACAUUUCAUAACAGAUAUUUGUGACUCCACUGUGUUCUGAUGAUUAAAAUCUGGAUGGUUUGUUAAGAAUGUUUUCUUAAAAAUUAUUCAACCGCAAUGAAUUGUGGUCUAUAUUUGGUAAUGCAGUGAGCAUCGAUACGCACUAGUUUUUCCACAAAGACUUCUGGGAAAUUUCUAGUGCACUCAUGGAAUAGAUUUUGGAACAAAAUGCUGAACGGGCAAUAUAAGUGAGUAGUGAAGGAAUUCGGACUUGCCUUAAAAAACAAGACAAGCUUUUUUAAAUUUUGUCCAAAACAUCUUAAUCAUGUUUAAAAGACCACUGGGAAUGCUUUGGAUAAGAUCAAAAGAUGAUGGGAAUGGGACUUUAGGCAGUAACAAAAUUGCAUAUCUGAUUUAAAAGCAUCAUGUUCUUCUUUACACCUUUAUAGUUUCGAGCGAGGUUGACGUCUUUAAGUACAGACUCACAACAUCAUGUGUUUGUGCUGUCAGAUCACAACAAAACACUUCAUUGUUUUUAUUACAGACAAAAAUUGGGACUUUUUUAUGAAAAUGUCUCAAUUUGUAUAAAAAUUUGUUUUUUUUUCUAGGAAAAGAAAGCUGCUCCUACUGCAUACACACAAACAGAAACGCACACACGAACGCACACGCACAGCUCCGAUCCUGCUUGCCUCAUCAGAAGUAGAUCAGGCUGCUCUGCUGCAAUGCUCUCUCUCUCUGUUCAUUCUGCCUCCUUCACUGGAGCUCCAGCAGAAGCCUGCAGAUCAGCAUGCUCACAACCGGACCAUCAGACACGAGGUCGCAAGACUGAGCUCCAGAGGAUGCAGCAGCAGGGAUGAUGACAAACUGAGAUCAGAACAAUGAGAGCCAGGACAAUGCUUGUGAGUCCAGCCCCUCUGUUUGUCCUGCUGCUCUGUAAGUUCCUGGGAUGUGGGGUGCUGUCCAUUUGUCCGUCGGUGUGCUCCUGCAGCAGCGGUCACCGGGUCGUGGACUGCUCUUCCAGAGGCCUGACCAAGCUCCCGCCUGGUCUGCAACACAACAUCCGCUUCCUCAACCUGUCCUUCAACAGCAUGCAGAGCCUGGACAGUCAUCUAAGCUGCUAUGGACACCUACGAACCCUGGAUCUGUCCUUCAACCAUCUGGUGCAUCUACCAGCUGCACUCCCACGGUCCCUGUGGGAUGUCAGGGCAGUGGGGAACCACCUGCGCCUGCUGGACAAGAACGACACAGCAUACCACUGGAACCUGAGAGAGCUGGAUCUGUCUGACAACGAAUUGGAGAGAGUGGUCUUCAUAAACAACACCUUACUGAACCUCAGAGGUCUGAAUCUGAGCCACAACAGGUUUUGGACUGUGCCCACUAAUAUGCCACACAACCUGGAGGUGAUUGACCUGUCCCAUAAUUAUCUUGUCCAGAUCCUCCCAGGAUCGCUGGACAGGCUCCCCGGGCUGCUCCACUUCUACAUGCAUGCUAACCGCUUCUCCUGGUUGCCCAAGGGCAUUUUUGACCGGCUGAGCAGGUUGGAGGUCAUAACACUUGGAGAUAACCCCUGGGCAUGCGAAGAAGAAGAAAACAUCACAGGGUUGCUCAGAUGGUCUGAGGAAACACGAACGACCAUCUUCGGAUGCCCCUGUUACACCACAGCAAUCUGUGGACGGACCCGCCUGGUCCCAACAGGGAGGGAGCAUUCCCCUGCUUUGCUGACAGAACCCCCACUCUGGGUUGGAAGAGCUGAUGGGGGGUACGGCCAAUCUCCAGCAAGGACUGCAGGGGUUACUUCAAAGUAUCAGGCUAGACCUGCCCUACAUGAUGCUGCCAUCUACCAGGGCAGGGGCGUGGUGACAGACCCUGUGGACUGGGACUUACUGGUUUGGACUUCCUCUCCCGGUUCCUACAGUCCAACCCCCCACACAAGCACAACAGCUCGCCUGCAAGCAUCCAGGAAACCCAAGAUGGCCACGACCAAGAGUGAUGGUCGUGCAGUCCAGAGCCACACCACUGUCCUAACUGCUGCUUUCAUAACCACUUUCACUGUCUUCUGAGCUGCCUGCGGGUGCAUGGUGCUGCUGUCCUCACCGUGCUGAUGCAUAUAGAGACUGGCUGCAUGUUCAGAAUCAAACGCUGGGUACACAUACAGGGGUGAAUAAGAAAGGUGCUGAAUGUGGACCCUUUAAACGCUGGAAAACCUUGAAGAAACAGUAAUAUGUUCCUUUUUUUUGUAGCACGACCAUAAGCAGUAGAACAAUGAUUGAUGUGUACAACUCAUGCUCGGGGUCAACAGCUCUGACCUUUAAGACUUCAGCAAAGCGAAUACAGUAAACAAAAGAUUACAUCCAGAGUAAGUUUUUCUACCAAAAGUACUUAAGCUUUCGUCACAUUGCCGCCCUGCACAGCAGUGAUUUCGUUUGCCAGUCAUUUCAGAAAAGUUUUAAGCUCGGCACUACCAGCUCCACUAGAGCCGCUCACUAAACGGAGAGGCGCCAAAAACUGAGACAGAACCAGAGUGCUGCUUGGAUGGACUAUGUUAAGGUGCUUUCAGACCAUAUACAACAACUCGCAUGACAUGUUUGAGCUCUGAGAACCUGCAGCUCAAAUGGGUUAAUGAAAAAUAUGGAAGUUCAGGACAAAAACGCUCAUUUUGGAUUACAAUUCUACCCGCUGAUCAAGUCACUGAAAACGUCAUGUGUCCAAAGCUGAGUUCCUGAUUGGCAGAUGUGAAAUGGCGACCUGUCAAACUGCAGAUAUUCAAAAAUUCAUACAUUCUGGCUGCGCCGCCCAAUUUGUGCGGCGCGCUGCCAUCACGGGACUUCAGAUCGCCUCAUGUUGCAUCUAUUCCAUUGACUUAACAUUGAAACUGGCCACCUCCGCUGUACAAAUUGCGUUGAGUGUGAAUGCUUCUUAAGAGAAAAUUCUUGCUGUUCUGGUGAGAGUGAAUCCCACAGACGUGAUGAAAGAUGCACGACAGCAGGACCUGCUGACAUCCCUUCAGACUAUCAAAAGUCCCAGGAAUCAGUGGCUCUGUUUGACCAACAAGGAGCUCACCUUCACCACGACAAAAGCAGCAUUACGGUCUAGCCUCGGAGUCUGUGGGCUUUGCAGAGCAGUGGCAGAAGACACUGGCUUUGAGCUGUGCUGCUGGUCUGUGUGGAGGAACAUCACUGCCUUCAGAAGGAGGGUGUUGUAGGCUCCACCGUGUCUCUGCUCUCAGACUCUUCGCUGACUCGGACGGUUUACCGAAUAAAAGUCAAUAAAACAUA